GGGGAAAGCAAUGGCGGUGGGGGCAGGUUAAUGGUUAACGGAGGAGGAGGGAGUGAACACGGGGACGGGCUACUGGAUAACAGGGUCAGCAGCAGUGUCUUGGUUACUGGGCAGCGAGGAAGGUCUGGAGACCUCUCAGUUAGCAGGGUGGGAGAAGCUAGUGGGGUCUAGAGUCUGUUCACUUGUCUGGGAAGAGAGUGGCUGGGGGUCUGGGCACUGGUCAGUGCAGUUAGGGCCAGAAGGUGGAUUGAGCAUCGGAUAUUGGAAGGACAAUGAGCUCCCCACUGUCAUCUCUGGGAAAGCUGAGGAAAGUCUCGCUGCACCUGCCGGAGCUGCAGGGUCGCGGCAAACAAGUUGUCUGCUUUGAAGAGAGCUAUACAGAUGAUGAGGCUGCCUUACUGAGUGAAAUCCUACCUCUAUCAUGGGCACACAGCCCAAUAUCGUCCAAUCCCUCUCCACCAACAAAGUCAAAGGCAAAUGACUUUAGUCCUGGUGACAAUGAACUCAUGUCUACAAUGAUGAAGCGGCUAACCAAAAUGGAGCAGCGCGUCCGAAGCCAAGCACUGGAGAUCAGCAGGAAGAAUCAGCAAAUAGCUGUAUUGGAAGAAAAGCUGAGUGUGCUCCAACUAUCUAACAAAAUAGCAGAUGAGCCCAAGAUACAGCAGGAACUGGCAAGAUACCUCCAGCUACAGAAUCAAGUGUGGGACAUGGAAAAGUUCCUGAACGAUUACGGGAUGAUCUGGGUCGGUACCAAGGAGGAUGAAGCCAGCCAUGUUUAUCUAAAGGAAGAAGAGGAACCUAGAGUGAACCCUGCUGCCAGUGGGCCAGUUCUGUACCCAGGUGAUGCCACAACAAAAUAUUCUCAAAUAAAUUUUGAUUUGGUUCAACAAAAUAUCAAAGAUCUGAAUAUUCUGGCUGGUGAAGGGGAAGCUGCUGUUGAGCAUGUCACAGGAGGAGCUCGGCUAAAGAGACCAGAUCCCAUACCCCUCACUCUCUUCCAAAAUGGGAUAGUGAUGUUUAAUGGUCCAUUCAGAUCAUUCAGCCAGCCUUCAACACAGCGUUGUAUGCAGGAUAUCAUGGAUGGAUAUUUCCCUUCAGAACUGCAGAUCAGAUUUCCAAAUGGAAUUCCAAUCAAGGUGACUGAUAAACGGGAUGUGAUCUUCAGGGAUAGACGAGAACGUGUGGAAUUCCCUGGUGUGGGACAAAAAGUAGAUGGAUAUCCUGGUUACACAGACUCCAAAGUGCAAGAUUUUGAGUUUGUGAAGGAGACGAGUGAAGUUUCAGGUCAGCAGCUCUCAGUGGAGCAAUUUCUGAACAAACUACCCAAGUCUGUCAUCCGCUCUGGGAAGGUGCUUGACAUCAGGGGAGAGAUCAAAGCCCUGCUGCAGGUGCCUCCCAAAGCAGCAGAUGAAAGCAUAACGCUGAUCGAAACUCCGUGUCUACUGGCACUGAAGGAGAGGCUGGAGGUCCAGGAGGAAAUUGCCCCAACAUCGAGGAACAUCGCCACCCUCAGGAUCAAAUCAGAGAGCGGAGAGACGACAUACAUCGUGAAAAUGUUUUUCUCAGAGACUAUUGGAGAUCUUCGGACUCAGCUGGACCAGAGCAGGGGAGAACAGCAGGUUGAUUACGACAUUAUCAGCACCUUCCCCCAGAAGGUCUACAGUGACCAGAGCAAGACGCUGAAGGAAUGUGGACUCGUCCCAAACGCCACCCUCAUCCUACGACCACAGCGGCCCCAGGUCCUUGGACAACAGCAAGAAAUGGUCACUCUUUGCAACGAAUAAAUCUCUCGGAAUGAAGGCCUCCUGCCGAGACAUGGAGGAUUAAAACCAAGUCGAUAAAAGAAGCCUGCAGUCCACCCACUAAUACUGAGAGUGAGUCACAGCAACUGUGUCCGGUGGGUGUGGCUCUGGAGAAUCAUCAAAAUAUGUUAUCAAAUGUCUACUGUAAAAUUAGAAAGUACUGUGUUAUUUUACCCUUCUAAAUAGCUAUGCAGAGAAUGGCUCAGUUUAAAAAGGAAUAAUUUUAAAUGUCCAAACUAGCCAAUCACUUGAUUAAAUGCCAUGAUACUGCUGUGAUAGUUCAGGUGAGGAUCCCUUAACCCGAUCUCCCAACAAAAAUGUACACAAAGUCGGAAAGCCGAAUGCUAAGUUAAUGAAAUCUUCAACUGGUAAACUGGGUUAGAUAUGGUCUACCUUCUGGCAGUUGGAAUGUCCUGAUUCCUCCUCACUCUUCAAAACCACCGAUUGAUUAACCUACCUACCUGCCUGCUGUUCCUCUUUAAACGUAACAGGUAUCAGACAUUUGAUUGAAAUAAAUUAUGUGUGUUCUUUAACUGUGACUAAAACAUACGCGAUGGAUAUUAUCUAAAAUUGUAAAAAAUAAAAAUAAAAGUGAAAAGAAAA